CUAUGUUAUUGUCUAACAAUUUUUUCGCGGAACAAUCACCACGUUGAGGCAGAUCUUUUGAAACUGUCGCGAUUGUGAUAUUUGUCUUCAUCGCAUGACCCAAGUCAUAUCAGAGCCAAGAGAGAAGGGUACUAUAUCAUACUAAACACUGUUCACUGUUGCUCUACCGAUGCUGCGUGACCGCUACCACUGACUAUCGAUAAAACCAGUUCAUAUUAGUGAUAGUAUUACCCGAGCCGUUUACAAGCGCUUCGCAGACGCUUCAGUUCGGAUUUUGUCUUCGGAUGGUUCAGUUGAAUCUUAGGAUAACGGAGAACGCAGCAGGUGGAAUAGUAAGAUUGGUGGAUUUAACUGCUGAUGGUUUUGUUCGCGGCUUUGUGCCCAGGAAUACAGUUCACUGAUGUGUUGGGUGCUAGUUGCCAUGACGACAUGAGAUGCAUCUCGUGCGGUGGAGCGGUUAAGUAGGUUCGGCCAGCCGUCAUAACUUGUUCGUGGUCAUAACUGUAUACAUCGGACUAAGAGUGAAUAAACAAGACACAAAAGGAUAUAUAUGAUAAGUUGACCAAAUAUAUGGCAACAAGACAGGAAACAACUCGUCAAUAUAAGCACUAGGGUAACGGACACGAGGACCGGAUUGAAAUUAUCAGCAUUCACACUGUGAAUCAUGUUUGGAAAUCCCGAGGAAACUAGAUGAUAAACACAGGAAGGAUGUGUAGUUGUUUUCCACGUCGAGGCUGCCUUGUGCGCUGUGGGUGCAUCAUGAUCAUCCCAGCGCUGUUAUUUUGGGUAUUUAUUACCCUGCCCCCAAGACCACGAAUGACAAGCAAUGGGGAGUACAUCUUAGAUGACUAUACGGACGAAAGUGCGUUAUUUGUUCCGGCGCCAAUGGCACCUCAUCGAGUAUUCCUAGUUGAUAAUAGGAGAAUUAGCAAUAAAAGAUACAUCGCUCCACAGCAGCAGCAACCACAACAGCACGUGGAAGCGGAAACUGGGCCUCCCGUAGCGAAACCCAUGACAAUGAAACAAUAUGGCGUCAAGCUGGAUGAGCCUGGGAUAUGUAAUGGCUCAGUGUUUCUUUUAGUUUACGUCCAUACUGCUCCGCUCCAUCAUAAGAAACGCAUGCUCAUCCGGGACACUUGGGGAAAUCCACAAAACUACCCAAAUACUUCUGUCCGCCUCGUUUUCAUGUUAGGAAAGACUUCGGACAAAUCAACGCAGGAUCUAGUCAGUUUAGAAAGUGAACGCUACCGUGAUAUUGUCCAGGGAGAUUUUUUAGAUACGUACAGGAAUUUAACCUACAAAGCUGUCAUGGCCCUAGGAUGGGUCUCGAAGUAUUGCUCACACGCCGCUUUCGUUUUGAAGUCGGACGAUGACGUAUUGGUAAACAUGUUUGCUUUAAUACGUCACUUAAAAAGUAUGCAACGUCACGGGAUAGGGACCCAGGGUUUAUUACUAUGCAACGGAUGGGACAACAUGAAAGUGAUACGUACAAAGAAUAGCAAGUGGUAUGUUUCUGAAUCGGAAUACCGCCAUAACCGGUAUCCGAGCUACUGCGCAGGCGCUGCCUACGUGCAGUCUUCUGACGUCAUUUCCGCUAUGUAUCGGGCAACAUUUGAAGAACCCUUCUUUUGGAUUGAUGAUCUGUACAUAACUGGAUUACUAGCAAAACGACUAGGGAUUAAGCAUCAAAAAUUUAACAGCGUGUAUGUUUUGAAUCCGAAAGCGUUCCUGCCUCGUUUUGGUAAACAUGCAACGCUGGUGUUCGGUCAUGCGCCGAAUGUUAACAGUAUUCGGAUAAUAUGGAACCGUCUUGUGAAAACGGAGGAGAACAGCAGGAAACGCGCAGCAGUCGAAUUUAAAUUUUUAUGAUACAACGCCUCUUUAUCUCCGAGCAGUAGCACUCACCAGCAACAUAUAACGGCAGCUAGAAAUAGUUAUGAACAUUCAUAAGGAAUUCUUAAAGGCACAACUUGGGCGUGAUAUUUACCUGGCCAGGAGGAUAUUGACGCUGCUUGCAACCAUGCGCCACCAUGUGGAGUAUCACGCCAACGCUGAUCUCGAGUAUCAACAAUGCUUUUCACGAGCAUUGCGUGGCAGUUUUGGACAUGGCUUGUGACUUUCAGGCCGGUCUUUGGUCAUUGUUCUUUGCCGUUUAGUGAUUUUUCAACUAUCCCGUUCGGAGACGUCACGGUGCUGCUUGAAGCCAUUUUUAUGAAAACCAACAGACAUCGAAUGCCAAAGUUGUCCCUUGAAUAAUGCUAGCUGAAAUGAUUUAUAUCACGCACCCGACACACGUUGUUUUUUUCACGCACGCAAGUCACAAGUAUACUCAUUAUUAGUUCAUCUUCUGUGUUGUCAUAAAGGGUGCCAUGGGUGUUGAGAGUGCAGUUUGGAGGAUAUAUGCCGCUGAAUAUGUGGGCUUGUGUUAUUUUUUACGGAAAAGCGAUUACUUUAAGACAUUAGUACGAUACUUAAGUGUAGACAAUUAACAUUCCAGAAUGGAAUCUGUUCUCUGUUGGUAUCAAGAUAAAAAGAAUGAGGAGACGAAAUCCUCACACUGUCACGACCAAUGCCACGGACUAAGAUAUGUUCAUACAUUGCAUUAAUUGCCUAGUACUUUCAUGAUACACGCGGAGUAACAGCAAGACACUACCAUAAACUCAUAUCCGAUAUCCACCUAUUAGGGGUUACUAGUGAUUGAUUUUAAGUAGCAACACAACAUUUUGGUGUAAACACAUGUACCUCUCCCGCAUAUUUGCUACGAAUAUGCGAAUCGACAAGCCAUCUCUAGGUCAGUGAUGAAACUGAGUUUUAGUGUCGCCAUAUAAUUGAAACAACUGUGUGCCGUCACUCUGAGAGACAGUGUCACAGUUGAAUGUUGUUGAGUGUUACCAUCCCUGAGAUUUCGCACCAUGAACAUUAUGAUAGUCGGUUCAAAUCUAAAAUGCAUUUGUAUAAUUCACCUUGAGUAUUUUUGCUUUCUUUGCAAGCUCAUUUGUAUUGUGAAUCACAAGGGCCUCAAACCCAUAUUUGUCACAAAAACUGACGUCGUCUUUCAAUCAAAAAUAAAACUAUGUUUGUAUUUUA